CCUCACCCACUGUACCCUUCUUAUAUAUAUAAUAAUAAUAAUAUUCAUAGUAAUCUAUUAUCUUCUUCUCCACCAUUUCUCUCUUCAAUGUCAAGAUCCCCAAAUGAAUCAAAUCCAUUUGUUUAACCUUAAAUCAACCCUGUUUCCAGUGCUAAACUUCGUUAUCUUCAGUUACUUUUUCCUGGCAAGAAAAGCUCUAGCUGUGGACGAAAACUUCACAAUCUGCAGCGUGCCCAGAACUUGUGGUAGGCUAAACAUAAAGUUCCCAUUCUUCAUCCAGAAGCAGCACGAAACUAGAUGUGGUUAUCCGGGAUUCAACAUCUCUUGCAGAAACAACACAGACCCUAUUCUUAGCUUGCCUGAUGGCGACUAUAUCAUCCGUGAUAUAUUUUACCAGAACCAAUCUUUUCACGUGUCAAAAGCUGUUCCUUUUGACAGUGAUGACGUUUGCAGCAAUUCAAUCGGAAAUAUAUCCAUUCCUGAAGACCGGCUUUAUCUCCCCCCAAACCAAAGAGCAAUAUUUUUCCUCCUCAAUUGUAACGAAACCUUGCAAUUGACUUGGGAACUUUCACAGUACAAGGUUGGUUGUGCUGCUGAAAAUGAAACAAAAACAACGUUGGCACUGUUCAAUGACGAUCCCAUGCUGAAUUUUGCUUCAGAAUAUUGUAAUAAAGCGAUGGUGGCGCCUGUGGGUUUUAUUGAUGGAGGGGGAGGUGUUGAAGGUAUAGUGAACAGAGGGUUUGUGUUGAAUUGGAUAGCGAGCAACUGCAGCAUUUGCGAGGCAAGUGGUGGCAACUGUGGAUUUGAUUAUAGCACAUACCAUUUCAAGUGCUUUUGCCCUGAUAGGCCUCACGCUUGGCACUGUACCCCUGGGAAUAAGAAAUUGGGAUUGAAGCUGGGACUUGGAAUUGGAUGCCCUACUCUUAUAAUACUGAUCUUGUCCAUCUAUGUCUUCCGGCGUCGAUACAAACAAAAAUAUACGUCAUCAAACUUUCUCAGAGGAAAUACUUCAUCCGAUCCCUCUUCAAAAUCAGACCUGGAAAGCAGCAGUACUGCCUGCUUUGGGCUCCCAAUCUUCUCAUAUGGUGAACUUGUGGAAGCGACAAAUAAUUUUGAUGAUGAGAAAGAACUUGGAGAUGGAGGUUUUGGGACUGUAUACUAUGGAAAACUCCGAGAUGGGCGAGAAGUUGCAAUCAAGCGACUAUACCAACACAACUAUAGACGGCUACAACAAUUCAUUAACGAAGUUGAAAUCUUAACCCGCUUGCGCCACAAAAAUCUGGUCUCUCUCUAUGGUUGCACUUCACGCCGUAGCCGGGAACUUCUCCUUGUUUAUGAAUUCAUACCUAAUGGUACCGUCGCUGAUCAUCUCCAUGGUGAUCUUGCACAGUCUGGUUCACUCACAUGGCCAAUUCGUAUAAGCAUUGCAAUAGAAACUGCAACUGCCUUAGCUUAUCUCCAUGCCUCUGAUAUCAUACACCGCGAUGUUAAAACUAACAACAUUCUCCUGGAUGAUAAUUUUUCAGUCAAAGUAGCAGAUUUUGGGCUUUCACGGCUAUUCCCCAAUGAUGUCACCCAUAUCUCAACUGCUCCUCAAGGGACCCCUGGCUAUGUUGACCCUGAGUAUCACCAAUGUUACCAGCUUACCGAAAAGAGUGAUGUCUAUAGCUUUGGAGUUGUUCUUAUUGAACUCAUAUCAUCAAUGCCUGCAGUUGAUAUCACCAGGCAUAGGGAUGAGAUUAAUUUGGCUAAUUUAGCAAUAAGCAAGAUUCAAAAGUGUGCAUUUGAUGAGUUAAUUGACCCUAAUCUUGGGUAUGGAUCAGAUGAAGAAGUUACAAGGAUGACAACUUCAGUUGCAGAGCUGGCUUUUCGAUGUUUGCAACAAGAGAAAGAAAUGCGCCCUUCAAUGGAAGAGGUUUUGGAGGAACUACGGAGAGUACAAAGUGAAGAUUACAAGUCGGAGAGUGAGCAGGAGGAGGAACACACUGAUAGUGAGGUGCCAAGGAGUGUACAGCCGCCUCUGUCACCACCAAACGGCGAUCAGAUUGCAAUGUUGAAGAAUCUCCGACUGCCACCUUCACCAGUUUCUGUGACAGGUAAAUGGAUUAGCCGGAGUACUACACCUAAUGCCAGUGGAUAAGUUUUUUCUUUACCAUCCUGCUUAAAUUCAAGUCUCACUGCCAACUGCAAAUAGAGGGUAAAAAUUUUCAUUGUUGUUCUCAUUUGCUUUUACUUGUGGGAAUGUACAUGGUAAAUGAAGCAAUCAUUAUCAUAUAUAAUUUUCAUAUUCUGCACAUCUUUUAUCUGCACCAAAUAAUUCUUCAUUCAUAAAAACUGUAGAAGAAAUAAAUGAUCUCAAAAAUGCAUUAGAAUCAUGUUUUGAAGAUUUUUAAUUACAAAGUCCGGUGACAACUAUAACAAUGGCACGGACCUGCUUCAAACAUGUUGAGCAAAGCAAAAUGUAUUUCAUAGAAGAUUGAUUCUCAACUAUGUUCAAAAACUCUGACCUCUGCUGAACUCUAAAUUUGUGGCAUUUUGUAAAAUCCGACAUCACAUGGUCACACCAUUGUAUUGAAUAAAGUGAAAGGAAGUUUCUGCUUUGCUUCUUCUAGGGUCUAAUACUAAU